AUGACCACGACUACAUCUACCCAGCUCUAUCAACCUUGGGCAGAGGAACAAGUGCACUCCUGUUCUUACUGCCAGGCUAUCACCAGUUUACGGAUCACCAACGAUGGCAUCAAGAUCGAGAUGGUGAACAAGGUCAUGGCAGUUCACGAAGUCUGGGAAGGGGCCUGUACCGCAGAGCCAUGCACAUUCCUCUGGCGAUACCUGGUUGAUUUGGCCUGCUAUGAAUCUGAAAUGAAUCUUGGCAUGUUUCCUUUGUGGGAACUCGAGGCUCAUGUAGACGGCGAUCCAGGUGACUAUGCUGUCAACUUCAUUUGGAUCCACCCUGUUUGGGGGCGUUUCGAUCCACGAGAAAAUCUUGGCAAUAUGGUCUUGAUGGCCCUAGAAGGAAGUAGAGGCGGCGAAUACGUCAGACGUCGGCCUUUGGUUCUCGAUCCCAGUUCCCAAGCGAACCUCAACUGGAUGAAGCAGAAAAUCGAGAUCUGCAACAAAACGCACGAAAAAUGUAUGAGGGCGUUCGUGGCAAAUCGGGAAAAAUAUACUGGUCCGAAGCGACUACUGAGUGUUGGUGGCCCACAAGAGCCUGUGGUGCGCCUGAUUCCGACUCAUUCGCUACCUCUGGAUACAAUACGCUAUGCUGCGGUAUCUUACGCGUGGGGCACACCCGAGAACGGCACAGAGGAGAUGAAGACGAAAAGUGCAAACCUCGAAGCAAGGCUUCGCGACGGUAUCCCGUUCAUGGAACUACCUAUGACAAUACAGCAUCUUGCCGAAGUAGCUCGAGCUCUCCAUUUACCUUACCUCUGGGUUGAUGCAUACUGCGUCCUACAGGAGGAUGCGCCCGGAGUCGGGGGAGAGUUGAAGACCACAUCGUUCGAGGGCAUUUACCGGCGUGCCGACGUUGUGCUUGCCGCAUCCGUGGCACAGCAUUGCGCCGCAGGAGUUCUGCAUCCUCAGUCUGUGUUCAAGGCAUAUGGCCAACUGUAUGGUUUCAAAGUCCUGACUGCUGACGGAGACAAAGUGGAGGUGUACGCCGCGGAGCGGCUGCUAUACGAUCAAUUUGACGAGUUCCCAGCCCAGCAGAGGGGUUGGAUCGACCAGGAAUUAGAGUCUGCGCUCCGUGUGCUUGACUUUGGCGAGAGGCAAGUCUGGGGCCGCUGCAAACAAAUGCAAGAGCCCAAGGGAGGGGAUGACUAUAUCGACUAUAUCCUCCGAGAUGACAUGUCCACCGACUUGCACGAUAUUUGGAUCCUGGUUGUGGGGAACUAUUCGAAACUUCGCUUCGGCUCCGCGAAGGAUAGGCAGCCUGGGAUGCGAGUCCGGAUCUGCAAUCUCGCAGAGAAGCAUGGCAUCCCCGAAGAUGAAUGCAUUGCCGGUAUAUGGAAGAGGAGCGCACUGUACCAUCUGCAAUGGUGCAACAAAACUCUGCCCGAGUCUCGUAUCAGUGACAUGCCGACCUGGUCGUGGCUGGCGUCUCCACAGGGAGUACACUAUAUGCAAAUCACAGAUUGGGGUGGCUACACUCUGAAGAUUCUCAAGUUUCCGACACGCGGGGAUGAGCCUGAAACAAUCCAGGUACGAGGGCGUCUUCAGCCCGCAACCGUUGCGGCGAAUCUUGAGGAUUGGCUGAAAAGUUUGGGUCCGCUUGCUGAGAUCCAAACUUGGUGGGAUAUCGUACCGGCACCCGACACCGCUGUGAGCCUCGUGGAGAUCAGCAGUAACGCGAACCGGAAUGCAGGCUUGAUAUUGGAGCGGAGUGACCCUUGGGAGGAUGUCUACGCGAGAUGCGGUUUCUACGAAGUCGGGGAGCCUAGCGGCUCCUUCGAAGCCGGGAAGCCUAAAGAUCAGCCAGAAGCUAGACCAGUUGGGCCUGUGAAUGCUUGGUUCGAAGCAGCCAAUCCAAAGGCUUUUACGCUAGUCUGA